AUGUUCGGUGGCGGUGGCCAACAACAGCAGCAGGCAAGCCCCUUUGGUGCAAAGCCUGCAGGACAGAGCCCCUUUGGUGCAAAGCCUGCAGGACAGAGCCCCUUUGGUGCAAAGCCUGCAGGACAGAGCCCCUUUGGUGCAAAGCCUGCAGGACAAGGUGCAUUUGGCCAACAGCAACAGGCAAGCCCCUUUGGUGCAAAGCCAGCGGGUCAAGGCGCGUUCGGAACAUCAACAGCUGGUCAAAGCCCCUUUGGUGCAAAGCCUGCAGGACAAGGUGCAUUUGGUGCCAAGCCAAGCCCGUUUGGUGGGCAGACUGCAAGUGCGUUUGGGCAGAAGCCCGCGGGAGGAGGCCUGCCUGGGUUCUCCCAAACACCAGGGGCAUUCGCACAAAAGCCAACCGCAUUCGCUCCCACAUCCUCGGCGUUCUCAAGGAUGCCAUCGGUGACGCCAUUCCAGCCCGCUACCCAGCAACAACCCAACGUGGGCAUGCCACAACCGCAGAUGCAAAUCCCACCCCAGUACCGCAUCUUCAAGUUUGGUGAUGACAGAGACUACGUCAUCAUGAAGCUCAACCACUUGCAAGCGCUGUGCGGCAGUGGCAACUACCUUGUUUGCGAACAGCCAAAUCAAGCAUGGCAGAAGAUUCCUGUUGAGGCAGACAACGAAUACAACAUGUUCAAGGACGUGGUGUACAACCUCAUCCCCAAGAGCGCAGACAGCGAAGGCCGGAUUGGCCUGCGUGUCAACGGCGACAUUGAGAGCAUUCGUGGGCUCAAGGAUGAAAUCGGCUCUCACAUCAAAGACAACGUGCUUGGCCUCGGCGCCCAAUACAAUGUCGAGGUCGACACCAUUCGACAGAUGCACGAUGGAUGUGUGGAGAUAAUCUUCCAAGUGCUGGACACCAACACGAAGAAGCCGCUGCCUGCGAGCGACGUCGAUGCGCAGCUCAAGAAGAUCUACAUCGAGGCGGCCGCCACCCCAACAUCAACCUCCUCGUUUGGAAAGCCGGGUGGGCUGGGCGGUGCGUUUGGCACCAAGACAGGUGGCUUUGGGAUGAGCAAGGGUGUUGGUCUGGGCGGAAAUGCCUCCAUGUCCAACGCGAGCGCAGCAAAGGUGCAGGCAAUGGAACAGCUCGGUGUUGAGACGCGCUAUGAUGCAAGCACGCAGACGUUCACCAAGAAGGACUUUUACCCGAUUGUCUCACAAACGCGCGAGCGCAUGGAAGCAACGCUUCGUCAUCCCCCGAAGGGCAUCCCUGAGUCGAUGUGGAAGGAUGCGCGGCGCAGCAACCCGGACCCGACGCAGUUUGUGCCGGUGCCCAUUUUCGGCUUCGAGGGCCUCAAGCGCCGCGCGGACAUCCAGGCGGAGGAGCAGGAGCUGCACGAGCUCAAGCUCUCCGGCGAUGUGCAGGGGAGCAUCAGCCAGCGCAUUUCGCAGCUGAGCGAUCGCCAGGCAGAGAUGCGAGCGCAGAUUGAGACCAUCAUGUCCACAGCCGUCAAGCAGUCACACCGCGUCCUCAGGCUGAUGCGGCUGGCUGCUGCCAAGGACCGCAUGGGCUCCAUCCAAGACUACAAGGCGCUGCAGACGCGAUUUGAGGCCCUGGAUGUGGACGCCACCUCCCUCUACCGCGGAAAACUCUCGGAGAUCCACGCCCGCGUCGAAAUGUACGGCGAGGAGCUUCGUUCGCAGAACCGGUCGUUUGUGCUCGCCAACACGACACUCGAAGGCAUCAUGCACCACCUCGACAUGCAGCAGGCUGGGCUGGAGCGCGUCUCCUCUGUCCUGCAGGAUGACCUGCACAAGGUCGGUGUCAUGGAGCAGGGAUACUUCUCGCGCCUCUAG